AUGGAGCGGCGAGCUGAAUUCUAUAAAGGCUUUAUUCAUGGGAAAAUGGGUGACGAAGUUGGAAGGAUUUCCCAAUGGGCUCAGAGCAGUGCAAUAUGUCUUUAUGUUCUAAGCCUCAAGCUUCCAUUUUUGCCUGACAGGUGGCCAAAACAAUUAACUGUUUAUACUUUCCACAAAAGGAAAUUUAUUUUAACUUCAAGGCAGCGAGCACAGGUCUCAUUGGAAAGAAAAAUACUGCAAAGCAGUAUACGCACUGACAAAAGAGCCAUGGAGCAUUAUGGGAAAAAAAUAAUGGUCUUCUACUGCCUAAAAGCAGGCUUUUCAAUAAUCUUUAAAACAAUAACUAAUUUUUACUAUUUAUAA